UAUCUCCCUUUUCUCGCUCCUCUCUCAUCCCCAUUUCUUCCACUCCUCUGCAACUCCUCAUCCAAGAAAGACGCAAAAGCAAAAUAAAGAUGGCGACGGCUGAGGUUGAAGCAGUGGAUUUCGAACCAGAGGAUGACGAUCUCAUGGACGAGGACGCACAAAUAGAGGUUGAGGCCCCCUCUGCUCCUAAGCUCAAAUCCACCAUCACAGGUGGUUCCUCGCGUUUCCCCGAGCUGAUUGCUCAGAAGAAGAAGGGACGGGGUUUCAGAGAAGAGACUAGUGAAGAGAGAAACAACCGCUUUGCUGCUCAAGAGUUUGAGUCCCUUGACUUGGGCAGAGGGGUUGGUCCUCAGAGAUCUAUUGAAGGAUGGAUCAUAUUAGUUACUGGAGUGCAUGAAGAGGCACAAGAGGACGAUCUACACGCAACUUUUGGUGAAUUUGGGGAGAUAAAGAAUUUGCAUCUUAAUCUUGAUCGUCGGACUGGGUUUGUGAAGGGGUAUGCCCUUAUCGAGUAUGAGGACUUCAAGGAGGCCCAGUCAGCUAUAUUGACCAUGAAUGGACAGCAACUCCUUGAGCAGACUAUUUCGGUGGACUGGGCUUUCAGCAAUGGCCCCUCCAACAAGCGAAGAGGCAUCAGGAGAAGGUCGCCACGUGGGCACCGCUCAAGGAGUCCUAGGAGGAGACACUAAGCGGCUUUCUGUGUAUGAACUGUGAAGGAUUUUGGACUUCUUUCUUUCCUCUCUGGCAUUUUAUGAGAGCUUUGGGUGCCUUACAUGACAGCUUUAGAUAGAUCUGGCGAAAUUACUGACUGUUUUGUUAUGAGCCUUUUACCUAUUUGAAGUCUUACUGUUUUGGAUGAUGUUUGCUCUUAUGAUGUUUGUUUUGUUUGCGAGGCGUCUUUA